AUGUUGUUUGCAGAUGAUAUAGUUAUAUGUGCAGAGAGACGAGUACAGGUUGAAGAGAUUUUGGAAAAUUGGAGAUAUGCCUUGGAAAAUAGGGGAAUGAAGAACAAUGGCGGGUGUGACAAGGAGGUCAAGAAACGAGUGCAGGCAGGCUGGAAUGGGUGGAGAAGAGUAACUGGUGUAAUCUGUUAUAGAAGGGUGUCGGCAAAAAUGAAGGGGAAAAUCUACAAAACAGUGGUAAGACCAGCUAUGGCGUAUGGUUUGGAGACAGUGGCCCUAACUAAAAGACAGGAGGAGAUGGAGGUUGCAGAAUUGAAGAUGCUACGCUUCUCCUUUGGUGUAACAAGAAAGAAUAAGAUCAGAAAUGAUUUCAUUAGAGGAUUUGCUCAUGUAAGGCGAUUUGGGGACAAGUUGAAAGAGGCGAGGCUGAAAUAG